AAAAGUUGUAUGGAGUUUUGAAGAAAGGGGGCGAGUCAUUGCAAUCGUAACAACGACAAGCAGAAAGGUGUGAGUGAGUGGUCAAAUCCUCAUUCUCAGACACGAAAUCUUUAAUUUCGAUUCCAAGUCAAGAUCUCGCAUCCACCAAAAUGACCAUGGAUGUUGUUCAGUUGCAGAUGAAGCUCCGUGACCACCAAGCCUUUAUGUUCCAACAAGGUUUAUUGGAUGAUCAAUUCAACCAGCUUCAAAAAUUGCAAGAUGAUAGCAGUCCAAAUUUUGUGGCUGAGGUUAUCACUAUGUUCUUUGAUGAUUCUGAGAAUCUCAUCAACAACAUGGCAUGUUGUCUAGAAAAAGUGCCAACUGAUUUCAAACAAAUAGAUUCUCAUGCUCAUCAAUAUAAGGGAAGCAGUGUCAGUAUUGGUGCUGCCAAAGUUAAAAAUGUGUGCGCUACCUUCAGAGCUUUUUGUGAAGCUAAGAACCGAGAAGGGUGUGUGAGAUGUCUGCAACAAUUGCGACAGGAAUACUCUCUACUGAAGAACAAUCUUCAAUACUUAUUCAGGCUGCAGCAAGAAAUCAAGGCUGCUGGUGGUUCUAUUCCCACACAAUAGACUGGAUGAUUGCCAACUAGUGAAAAUCAUAACAAAGUGAAACUUUUGAUGACAGUUGAUUUUGUUCUUUUUUUCUUCUUUUUUUUUUGUCUUUUUGUGAAUUAUUCGUUCAGAAUUACGUCAAAGGUUUGAACGAUGGAAUAGUGCUGAUAUGAAUAAACGUUUCUUCCCUAGUUUAUCACAUA